CUCCUCCCGGGCCUUUGCUCUCCGCCCCGUGGGGAGUGGAGGGGCCUGGGUGGGAAGGGGCGUGUGCCAGCGCACGCGCGCUCCCAGGAAGGAGAGGUCUAAGAGCAAGGACGAGCGGCCCCAGUUUUUCGGGAGGAAAUAUCUGGGUGUUUGCGAGAGGCUGGAGCCGAACAGUGCCGAGUCCAGGGAGAGGGCACUAUGGCCGCUCUCCUCCUGCUGCCCCUUCUUCUGUUGCUGCCGCUGCUCCUGCUGAAGCUGCACCUCUGGCCACAGUUGCGCUGGUUCGCGGCAGAUUUGGCCUUCACCGUGCGCGCCUUACGGUGCAAACGGGCUCUUCGAGUUCGCGCCCUGGCUGCGGCUGCCGCCGACCCGAAAGGUCCCGAGGGGGGCUGCAGCCUGGCUUGGCGCCUCGCUCAGCUGGCCCGGGAGCGCCCCGCGCACACCUUUCUCAUUCACGGCGUAAGGCGCUUUAGCUACGCGGAGGCGGAGCGCAAUAGUAACCGAGCUGCGCGUGCCUUCUUGCGCGCGCGGGCCUGGGACGGGGGACCUGAAAGAAGUGGCGGCGGUGCACAGAGCGCCAGGGAAGGCGAGCGGGCGGCGCUGGGAGCACGAGAUGAGGCCGGAAGCGGAGCGGCAUUUGCCGGGUGUGAAUGGGCUGGGACAUCCAAAGUUGGAGUAGCUGCGGCCCGUCUGGAGCCCGGGGCGACAGUGGCGCUGCUUCUCCCCGCUAGCCCAGAGUUCCUGUGGCUGUGGUUCGGUCUGGCCAAGGCUGGCUUCCGAACCGCCUUUGUGCCCACCGCCCUGCGCCGGGGCCCCCUACUGCACUGCCUCCGCAGCUGCGGCGCGCGCGCGCUGGUGCUGGCGCCAGAAUUCCUGGGGUCCCUGGAGCCUGACCUGCCCGCCCUUAGAGCCAUGGGGCUCUGCCUAUGGGCUGCAGGCCCUGGAACACUGCCCGCGGGAAUCAGCGAUUUGCAGGCUGCGGCCUCUGCUGAAAUGGAUGAGCCCGUGCCUGGGUACUUAUCGGCUCCCCGGAACGUAACGGACACGUGCCUGUACAUUUUCACGUCUGGCACCACAGGCCUCCCCAAGGCUGCUCGGGUCAGUCAUCUGAAGAUCCUACAAUGCCAGGGCUUCUACCAGCUGUGUGGCAUUCGCCAGGACGACGUUAUCUACCUGGCGCUGCCUCUCUACCACAUGUCUGGCUCCCUGUUGGGCAUUGUGGGCUGCCUAGGCAUCGGGGCCACAGUGGUGCUGAAGUCCAAGUUCUCAGCUGGUCAGUUCUGGGAGGACUGCCAGCAGCACAGAGUGACGGUGUUCCAGUACAUCGGGGAGUUGUGCCGAUACCUUGUCAACCAGCCCCCGAGUGAGGCUGAGCACGGCCAUAAGGUCCGGCUGGCAGUGGGCAGUGGGCUGCGCCCAGACACCUGGGAGCGUUUUGUGCGGCGCUUUGGGCCCCUGCAGGUGCUGGAGACAUAUGGAAUGACAGAGGGGAACGUGGCCACUUUCAACUACACGGGACAGCAGGGUGCGGUAGGACGAGCCUCUUGGCUUUACAAGCGCCUCUUCCCCUUCUCUUUGAUUCGCUAUGAUGUCACCACAGGGGAGCCAGUUCGGGAUGCCCGGGGGCACUGUGUGGCCACAUCUCCUGGUGAGCCAGGGCUGCUGGUGGCCCCGGUGAGCCAGCAUUCUCCAUUCCUGGGCUAUGCUGGGGGCCCAGAGCUAGCCCGGGGAAAGCUGCUAGAAGAUGUCUUCCAGCCUGGGGAUGUUUUCUUCAACACUGGGGACCUUCUGGUCUGUGAUGACCAAGGCUUUCUUCGCUUCCAUGACCGUACUGGAGACACCUUCAGAUGGAAAGGGGAAAAUGUGGCCACAACUGAGGUGGCUGAGGUCUUGGAGGCCCUGGAUUCCCUUCAGGAGGUGAACGUCUAUGGAGUCACUGUGCCAGGGCAUGAAGGAAGGGCUGGAAUGGCAGCCCUGGUGCUGCGUCCCCCCAGCUCUUUGGACCUUGGGCAGCUCUAUGCUCACGUUUCUGAGAACUUGCCCCCUUAUGCCCGGCCUCGAUUCCUAAGACUCCAGGCUGUGGGUGCCUAUCUGCCUCUCACACCUGCCCGGUACAGUGCCCUGCUGGCUGGGGACCUACGCAUCUGA